AUGAAGCCAAACGUAUGCAUCGUGUUUGCGGCGAUUGCCAUCACCUCCGUGUACGGUGGUAGCUCGCUGAAGGAUGCUAAAUCAAAGGACUUGGCGGCACACUCAAUGUCGGCUUCAGACGCGGGGGAAUCGUGGGACUUUAACUGGGACGCCUCUGGUAGCGGCUUCAGCUGCGAUGCAAUCUGCCCAACCGACUAUGAACCUGUUUGUGGGUCUGACGGCGUGACGUAUGCGAACGACUGCGCGUUCGGCAUUGCUCUGUGUAAAACGGCGACGCUGAGUUUGCUGGCAGUUGGCGAAUGCGCUGGCGGAUCAAUUGCUUCGUCCGCUGAGUCAUCGAACUUAGGCGGCGCUGGUACUGCAUGCCCCGACGCAUGCGUCGAUGUGUACGACCCUGUGAGUGACGAGAGCGGUAAAACGUACUCGAACGAGUGCUACAUGCGGAUGGCCAAGUGCAAGGACAAGAAGAAGGAUGUUGACAUCUUGGCCGAGUACAAGAGGAUCUAUGGUCGGUCGUUUGGUGCCUCGCGUGACGAAGACGAUUCUGCCAGCGAGGAGAGUUCGGUAAAAGAAGUCAAGCCCCCUACGCAGUCGGACAAUAACACAACGAGUACGAAGAAUACGAAGCUACCCAAGUCGGCGAAAAAGUCCUCGACUAGCACCAGCGGCACGGGUAGCCUGUACGAAGAUGGCUCUGAAGGCGUCCUUGGAAGUGGAAGUUCUUCGUCCACCAAAAGCUGUGCUGCUGCUUGCCCUGACAUUUAUUCACCCGUGUGCGGCUCCGAUGGCGUUACUUACUCAAGUCCAUGCCAUCUCAAGCUCGCCAGCUGCAAAAAACCGAAAAUCAAACUCGUCCAAGACAGUGCGGACUCCUGUGGCGAUUCUGCGGCGGCCACCGUGCAGCAGCAAAAUGUUUCCAACACGGCUUCCAAGUCGACGAAAACCGUCGCUGUUUAG